AUGGCAAUGAAUUCCAUUUAUGAGAACGAAAUGUACAACCUUUUGGUUGAAUCAAGUGAGGAACUGAAGGACUGAAAUCGUGCUAUCAUACUCACAUGAGGUAUAUUAGCCUGUAACGAGCUUCCAGAUGUGGUGAGCAUCAAGCAAAUCAUCACUAAGCUCAAGGAUAGGGACAAAGUGUUCAGAGAGACUUACCUAGACGAAGAAAAGAUUAUCCAGUUCUUAUGCAUGGAGAAUUUGAAGGACUUCAUCGAUACGUACAACCAAGGACAUCAUGAAGAGUUCGACGAAUCAUACUUCUCUAAUAGCGAGCAAGGCAAGAGGCUUAAGAUCUGAGAAGCCUCUGAAAUAGAAAUUCCAGUCAAGGAUGAAGGCUUUGCAGAGAAGGUAAUUCAUGCUAAUGCUUUUGAAGAACUCAAGAAUGCUGAUCUCGAAGUAAAAUUCACACCAAGCGAGAAUAAGAUAAAGCAAGAGGACGAAGAAAGCAUCAAACUUGAACUAAACGACGGGGAAGGAUCCCCCACUUUCGGAAUAAAGUUUAUGGUCAAGAAGCAGAUUGAGGUAAUAGAGAAAGCUGCAAAGAAAGGAAUGGAAAGGAGAAGAAACAAGAGCAAUAAUGCUAAGAAGAAGAAAAAAUCAAAAAACCAUAAAGGUAAACAUUGCUUCAUAUGUAACGAGGAAAACUCUCCUGAUUCAAUGAUUCAUAAUACGAAUUGCUCCCAUUUUUACCACAAGGAGUGUCUAAAAGAGCAUAUUAUGGAAAAGAUAGACUCAUUGACUUUUCCAUUUAGAUGCCCAGCUAGACCAUGUAGAAGGAACAUGCCCAGAGAUGUGAUGAUCUCCCAGCUUGACAGUAAACAGAUCAGCAUGUUUGAUACUCUUCACCUGAUCAACAGAGUAGAGAAGGGCAAGAGGCUACUUCUGUGGUGAUCGAACUGAAACCUCUUAUUUUCAUGCCUCAAGAAGGAAUCCCAUGCAUGUCCUUUCUGAGAAGAUGAAAAUAUCGGUGUCAACAUCAGAACAGUCAUUAAUUACAAGUAUCAGGAUGGGAUCAGAAACGAGGACUACAUCAGCUUAAAGGACGUCAACGAUCUUGAAAAAUUCUGCAGCCAGAACCAGAAGAACGAUUUCACUAAGCUUAAGGAAUACCUCACUGAAAACGUUCGGAGGUGCAUGAAAUGACUUAACUGGCGUCAGACCAUUUAUCAACUUGGAAAUUUUGAAUGUAAAAAGACUUGUCCUGGAAGACUUGAAGAUAUCCACAUGAAGAUAGAGAAAGAUACCAAACUCGAGAACGAAAUUAAGCUUGAAAAUGAGCUGGAGCUUCAGCGACAAGUCAAGCUUGAGAAAGACUCAUUUAAUCUCAGCCCUAAGAAGCCCCGAGUUAGCAAGAAGAAGAAGAAGGUAAGACCUAAGCGGCCUUGAAGAAAAAGGAAAUCAAAGAAGAAAAUUUAAUCAAUAAUUUAGUAAAGCACUGGGG